AUGACACCGCUAGGGCAAAUCGGCAAGCAGCUCGCUUUUGGACUGUCGAUUGUUACGGUUAUUCUAUUCGAGGGAGAAUAUGACGAGCGACUGAAACGUAUCAUACCUGUUAUUGAUGCAGCAGAUGUAGCUCGUGCACCCUCAACACCUAUACCACCGAACAGUACCAACAACACGCCCACUAACAGCCAAGUGUCCAGCGACAUUUCGCAAUUGCACUCAUCCCCAUCUGGCGAAAACCAUUCAGCAUCAGCAGCCCCCAUUCCAUCACGCCCGAAGCGAUUGCGCCAAUCUCACAUACCUGUGCGGCCAUCAACAAUCCCCGCAUUCAAAAAGAAUCGGACAUCAUCUCUGCGCUCAACAAUUGUAAAAAAUUGUCAAAACGAAAUGACCAAAGCGCCGAAAACGAAGACAACAGCAGUAACGAGCACUAUUGGUAAAAAAGGAGCUGCCCCUUACAAACAGCCUUUGAACCCCGAGUUCAUUAAAACUGUGGAACAGAACUUUGCCACUGGAAAACCCUAUAUUGUGUGCCCGAACACACAAUGUAAGGACUUUGGUACCAUUAACAUGUCCGCUGACCUUAACACAGCUUUUGACCCCCCAGCCCCCACCUUCCACUGCAUGCAAUGCCGCAAAAAAUUCACCCAUAGCAUCAUGCUGGAACCACUCACUGUUGCAGCCCUUGAAGCAGGUACGUAUCAACGCCAACAACCAAGGGUACAGAACGCCUCUCCUUUGCAUAGUACCAAAAAGCCUAUACAAACUACAGCUGCUACUGAAAUGGAAACCGAACACGAGGAACAUAUCGACCUACCUGUGCCCCAGCAACAACAACAACAGUUUGAUGAAAACAACUGGGCCGAGCAUAUUGAACGCCUUGCUACGGAAACUGCCAGAGAAGAUAGUGAUCAAUAUGACCACCUUCACCCUAACAUGCCACAAUAUGUUAUGGACAUCCAUAAGCGUAUUGAUAAAACUAACAAAGUGGUCGCACAGCUGGCAGAGGCCCUUGCCGAAAACAGCAAACUAAUAAAAGAAAAUGCUACACUAACACAAGAACUCCAAGCAGCACGAGCAGAGAUAGCCAAGCUCCAGCAACAACAUCAACCGCAGCAAAAAGAGCACGCAGCUAUCACCAGUUCGGAGGACCCAGCACCGCAAGGAUCGCAGGCAUCCAAAUAUGCACCUGGCACUGAAAAACCCUCUUCACUACCAGCAUCAAAAACUACCCCUAGCUACGCCAAAGUAGCAGCUAAAGGUGUCCGUGCACCCAAGAAGCGUGCAGUUGCAGCAGCAGCCCGCCACUUGACCGAAGUUCCAGCGAACCAGGGAUAUCAAUUCAUCUAUAUCCCUUGCCGCCAUCGUAUGACGAUCACCAACAUGCGUGGUCUUUUGCGCACGCUCCGGAUCGAGAAUUCGCGUGUUUUAGACAUCCAUUUUCCCGACCAUCAAACUGCAGCUUUAUUGGUUCAUAACGAAUAUGCUGGUGCUAUAGCAGCUCGCCUGCUCAAGCUCGGUGUCAAUGUCAAAGAUGACUUUAAUCCCUUGGAUCCCAACCUACUAAAAGAUCCAAAACUAGCUGAACUAACCGUGGAAGAACGUACACAGAAAAUCACAGAAGUCCACCAUGGUCACAUACUUAAAGCCCUGGGUUUUAUCCGUGCACCGGUAAAGUAUUCAGUUGCUCGUUCUUUCUUUCUGGAAAAUUUGAUCACACAGGAAGAAUAUGAUGAUGUCCGUGGAUCAACUCGCUCUCGACAAACCACUCCAGAGGCCGAAGCUGCUGCAAUUGCUGCUUUGCAAUCGCUUGGCAGAGGCACUGAUGAUGACGGUGAUGCCCCCAUGGGUGAUAGCAGAUCGGAUAGCCCGAUCAUUGGUAACGAACAGCCUCAAAGUGGCAGCACAACAACUAACAGCGCUCAUAACGAUUCCCAAUAA